AUGAACUCGCAGGCCACCAACGUCUCAGGCUUCUUCGCUAGGCCCAAUCCCAUUGAGCAACAGCCUGAAGCUUACCAUACCUUGCGGGUGGGCUCACAACAGUUCAUGACAAGCCAAGAUCAUGCGUUUCAUUCCCUUCAUAUACCCCAAGAUUCUCUCAUUCAAGCACCCCAGGACGCGGGGCCACUUAUUGAUUUCGAUGGUUCUCUUGUGUCCUCCAUGGGACCGCCGCCCAAACGUCGCAAGAAGAAGGCUCCAACUCUACGCGCCAAAGACUGGGAGCCUUACAAAGCUCGCAUUCUUGAUCUCCAUGAUACUCAGAGGCUAUCGCUUGAGACAGUCAAGAAUAUGAUGGAGAUGGAAUUUGGCUUUACCGCAGAGAUUCGUCAAUAUCGAACGCGUAUAAGCCAAUGGGGCAAGGAUAAAAACAUCAAGCCAGCGGAGAUGGCUGCCAUCGUCCGAAAACGACAACAAAGAAAGCUUGUUGAGAACUACAAAAGGGAUCAGAGGUUCACAGUCAGAAAGAGAGUCGUCGAGCCACAAAAGAUUGACCGAUGGAUGGGUAGACAUGACAUCUCUCAGACUACUUUAUAUGCUCCUAGUCCCGCGGCUUCCACUCCAUCCGCUGUGGGCUGUCGGACUAUAUCUGAAAUCGGCUCCGCCGCUCCCAGCCCUAUGUUCUCACCACAAGGUCUGGAUGUUCCGCCUGGAGAAGCCAUGACUAUGGCUCCCAGUCCCGUGGCUCCCUCACCCACUCCCUCCUUGCGGACAGUAGCACAAUCUCUCACUGGUGUCUUUUCUGGACAAAGCCCAGCCCCAAUACAUCAGCCUCUACCAACCAAUAUGCUGCUCCCCCAUUACCCUACUCCGAAUGCUUUCUUCCCAGCCCAGCUUGAUUCUGUAUCGGGAACGAGACGUCAUCGUUACAGGCAAAUUGACGAGGAGCGGCUGCGGGGAAAACUAUCCGUAGCUGAGAUUACGCAUGGGGCUAGCGACCAUCAAACCUUGGGUAUAUCGUGUGAUUUGGCUGGUGUUCUUAGGGAUCAGGGAAGAUACAAAUCUGCCGAGGAAGUGAUUCGCAGAGGUUUAAAUGACUUCUGGACCCCUUCUAGACAUCAGUCUGUUCAAUGGCUCGAAGCUAUGGAUCGUCUUGGGGAGGUUCUACAUUUCCAAGGGCUUAAUCCUCAGGCUCUUCAACUUCAGAAACGGACACUCCAGUCGAAGAAGGCUAUAUUGCCGGACGACCACCCAUCUACACUAACUAGCAUGCUCUGUUUAUCGAAGACAUACAGAACGCUAGAGCAACUGGAAGAAGCUGAAACUCUUGCGACACAAGCUGUCAAAAUACUAUCGAGUACGCAAAGCGAGGAGGGCCAUCUAACAAUAAUCGCAACGCGUGAGCUGAUGUGGAUUCGCAAUUGUCAAGAACGGUUCGAUGAGGCGGAAAAGCUCGGACUCUGGGUUGUAGCGAUGGGAAUGAAAGUGUUUGGUGAGCAGCACCCCGGCACGCUUGGUUAA